AGUAGCACAUGGUAGGUUGGUCCUAUCAGGUUUAUGAAUAGUGAGUUUUCCUUCUUUGAGGGUCUUUCCUUUCUUCACAUGGGAAAUCUCCAAGAAUUUCGUUCUUCCGUGAAUCCAAGAUAUCAAGAGUUUUUUUUGUCUAGAACAGGUCUGGUUGUUCCCACGAUUGUUGUGAACUCCAUCUUGAGCUGUAGAAUCACGAAUGUCCGAGCAAUUCCUGAGAUCUUGCGUCUGAGUCCCAUUCCAUUUUCAACCUUCUAGAACAAAGAGGCUGUUUAGUUUGGUAGUUAUUUUCAAUCUUCCUCUGUGAAACCAUUAAAAUAUCUUAUCUUGCAGCUUGUAAUUUGGUUGAUGUAAUGCCUUCUCAUUUCCCCUUUUUCAUAUAGAAUUAAAAGAGGUCUGGCAUCAGAAAGCUAAAAGGCCAGCUCAAAAAGAUGCAUCUUCAUGUACUCUGAGUCAGCUUAAAAAAAGGAAGACUGAACUGCUGACCAAAUAUAUAAUAUUAUUUAUGUGUCCAACCGUAUUUAACCAAAUAUACCUUUCUUGCAAUUUCUUGGAGGAUUGAACAAAAGAAGAAUAGGUCCUUCUUACAAUAGCUUUUCAAAAAUGGCCGAGCACACCGUCAUCUCAGACUGUUUUUAAGUAGAGUUAUUUUUUCAAAAAGCUCAUGCCUGUGCUUUUAUUCAUGUUGAUGAGCAACGGAUGAGUCAUCAACUAAAAGUUAAAACAUUCACCCACCAUUUCUAUCCCUUUAAAUGCACAUGCAUUUUACAGGUUUCUUCAAUCUCUUGAAAGUAGAGCAUUCAAGGCUUACUUGUUGCAGACAAGUCAGUUGGAGAUAGAGAUGCUGAAUUGCAGCACUUCUAGAAAUAUGAAGAACCAGCUCCAAGAACACAGUAUUGGAAUCCCAGUCAGCUGCCAAUACGAUAAGCCAUCUCCCCCAAAUGGCUCUGGGGCAAUAAUUCCAAAAAAAAUGAAUUCAAUGAAUUAUAGGAUGAACAAUAACAGGAAGAAGGCAGACAAUUUAUUGGAUGGAGUCCGAGAGUAUGUGAGAAUAGGGCUUAAGUUCUCUGAAACCGUGAAGGGAAAGUUGAGCUUGGGGGCUAGGAUUCUUCAACUUGGGGGAGUGAAAAGAGUUUUCAGGCAAAAUUUUGGUGUUAGAGAAGGAGAAAAGCUAUUGAAGGUUUCCCCAUGUUAUUUAUCGACAACAGCAGGCCCUAUAGCUGGCCUCCUCUUUAUCUCUACUCAAAGAGUUGCCUUUUAUAGUGAAAGAUCAAUCAAAUUUUCUUCUCCAAAUGGUGAAUUAGUUAGAAUCCAUUACAAGGUCUCUAUCCCACUAAGAAAGAUAAAGAGAGCCAAUCAAAGCAAGAAUGUGAAAAAACCUUCUCAGAAGUACAUGGAAAUUGUUACUGUGGAUAACUUUGACUUCUGGUUUAUGGGAUUCUUGAAUUACCAGAAAGCUUUUAGCUAUCUUCGACAGGCAAUCUCUCAAGUGCAUAAUCCAGUCCAGAAGUGAUUCAAGCCAAUAAGUUCUUCCUUCCCACUUCAACAAAUGUAAUUACACGAACCUGAUGAAGCUCUGCACAAUCAAAGGCUUUGUACAAAUCUUUUUUUGUUAAUGAGAAAUUGAUCUCCAAUUCUUCAA